UUGCAGGAGUCGUCCAGUCAGAAAGGCAGCAACGUCAGAGACAGUGGUUUUGGAGAUAGCUGGUACUCUGAGCGAGAGGAGCUCCACCAGCUGAGAGGAGGAGGAGGAGGAGGCAGUAGACACAGGAGAGACGACUCCCUGGACAGUUUGGACUCUUUGGGAUCUCAACCUCACAGCAUCUCCUCCGACACCACCCUUAAAGGCGGCAGCGAGGGUUGUUGCAGUGACACAGAGGCUGACUCCGUCUUCAGGAUGGCUGAGAACAAGGACGGCCUCAGUUACCGGAGGUCGGUCGUCAUCACUCCCAAGACCAGCACCCAGUUCAACCAGUUCCUGCCCAGUAAGGACAAACCUUCGGGUUACGUUCCCGCUCCUCUGAGGAAGAAACGGGCAGAGCGCAACGAGGACAACAGGCGUAGCUGGGCCAGUCCCAUAUACACGGAGGAUGACGGCACCCUCACCAGCGAAACAGUGCUUUCCUCCGACCGCUUUGGAAAAACUCACACAUCCCAGAGUUCCUCGCCCGACACUCAGCUGCAGUGGACAUACGAGUACGAGAGCGGCAGUGAGUCUGAUGUAGACCGGCCAGACCCGGAUCUGGUUCUGGACGAUCUGGCCAGCAGACGCUUCCACAGCCCCUCCCCGGCUCCCCCCACCAACUUCGCCGUGCCCAUCAGUCCCCAGGCAGGAGGGAGGGCAGCUGAAGGUGGGAGGGGCUCCAGGCCCAAGGUCACUGCUCAACAGAAUGUGACCUGUCUCAGCAGCGGUGGCAUCGAUGGUGGGGAAACGCGGCCACCCCACCACAGCUCUGUGAGGGUGGACCACCGCCGAGCUGUGAGGACUGACAGCCUGUUCGGGGACAUUUACUACGACUCUGAGGAUGACGACGACGAGGUGGGCUACGCCGACCCCGUCCAAGAUGAUCUCUACACUCGCAAGAUGGGUGUCAAACCGGAGCCUCUGGGUAACGUGACUUAUGAUAAGUUCUUACCUAAGUUCUGGACGCCUGAGGAAGACGUUCACAUACAGAAGAUUAAACUGGGCUCUCAGAAGAGGCCCUGGUAUAAGAAGAUGCAAGGCUUCAGCCAUACGAAGUCGAAUUCCUCGUCGGAAGAUUCGGACUGUGACACCAGUCCUCGGCCCUCCUCCGCCCCCUCUCUCUGCGGCCCCUCUCCCUCUCACUCCCACACACACAAGGCCUCGGCUCACACCACCCUCGUUGUGGGGAAAAGUCCUCACAUCCAACCACACACUCCCCCACAGCUCCCCGAGACACAGCCCCCUCUGUUACAGCCUCCCCCUCUGGUGUUCCCCCCAGUGGACCCCGCCUCAGGUCCCAGGCUGGUCAAAUGCGAGAGGUGGCCUCUCCUGGGGCGCCACGACCCCCGGGAGCCGCCAGAUCCUUUUGAUUAUGAGAGCAUGUUCCCCGACCUGGAAAACGAUGACAUGUUUGCCAGGCGGACCCUGGCCUUCCAGUCCAACACGGACCUGGCAAUGAUGAAGUCUCAGCUGCCCCACAAACGCCGUCUCUACACAUCCGAGCCGCAGCUCAAUAUCAUCACCCAGCAACACGGCCGUGGCGGGACAGAGGAGAGCGACUUCCCUGACAUCGAGCAGGACGAUGUGGUGUAUCGUAAGGAGAAAACCCAGCAGACUCAGCGACCACUUUCAGGAGCCCCUGACAACUACGCCCCCAUGCCCAUCCCGGAGCCCUGGGCUCUGCCUCCUGACCUCAAAGCCAGACUCCUCUGCCCGCCAUGCCCUCUGACCCAGGAAGCAGCAACAAUUAAAGAGGAUGAGGUUGAGAAAGAGCCGCGUCCUAAAACGGAUGACAUGCUGGUUCGUAAGCUCGGAGCUUGUUCUGAUCAGAGCCAAUCGGCCAAUCAGAUGACUCCCUCAGUGCCUUCUUCCUGUAGCGAAGGUGACCUGCAGAGGUGGCAGGCUAUCAGAGAAGCCAGUCGGCUGAGAUAUAAGAAGAGGCUCUUGGUGGAGAGGCUAGCUGCUCUGAAGCUGUAGAAACAAGUCGAUGUUACUGUGCCCGGUAGCUUCUCUUUACUUUGUAAAUUUACUCUUCCAUUUGUUUUUCUUUUCGGUCUUUAGAUAUUCUCUGUCUGAUGCUGAGUUGGUUUGGACAGCAUGUUUUUAAGGCCUCCGCUGUGAGAGAUGAGAGUUGUACCAGAUUAAACUCUCAUUUCUGAAAACCACUAUGCAAUGUUUGCAAGCACUGGAUCAGUUUUGUGUGUUUCAACAGAAACUGCAGCAAAGGACAUGUGGUGAAAUUCACUACAGAAGUUACCCUGAACUUUUUCUUAUUUUAAGUGUUUGUUGUGACCUCAGAAUUGAUAUGCAAUGGAAGGGAAUGCAUCAUGGUUUUCUGCACAGUGAAUAUGUGGUAUAUUGAAAAUGCAAGUCCAGGUUGCACUUUAAACCCACAACUGUUGUGUAUUUUGAAGUGUGAUUUAUGAGCAAAUCAGCAUAAACUCAUUCAAAUUGUUUGAUUCAUGAUGAGUUUUUGAAAAGAAACUCAAAUUCUACAUUUUAUUUUUUGGUUUUUCUUUUCCCGUCAGACCGAGCUUGCCUGUGAAUUAAAUAAAUAAAGAAGAG